CGGCUGCAGCAAGCAGGAGCUGGGAGCGAGUGCAUUGCGAGGCGGGCUGGAGGGAGGGAGGCGUGAAGAGAGCGAGGGUGGCUGCUGGAGGGAGCCUCCGCCUCCGUUGCACCAGCCCGCUCGGGUCCCAGCGGAGACCAUGGGGAGCUCCGAGCGGGGAUCGCGCGCUGCUCCCGCGCCCAGCCUCCUGCAGUCGUGAAAAGCCGAGUCGGGACUCCCCCCCAACCCCAGAGCCGCAGGGAGGAUGACUAUGGCUGGGGGCAGGAGGGGGCUGGUUGCCCCCCAGAACACGUUUCUGGAGAAUAUUGUCCGGAGGUCCAAUGAUACCAACUUUGUAUUGGGCAACGCUCAGAUAGUGGACUGGCCCAUCGUCUACAGCAAUGAUGGAUUUUGCAAGUUAUCAGGAUACCACAGGGCGGAAGUCAUGCAAAAAAGCAGUACCUGCAGUUUUAUGUAUGGAGAACUGACAGAUAAAGAUACGAUUGAGAAGGUGCGGCAGACAUUUGAGAACUAUGAAAUGAACUCUUUCGAAAUCCUCAUGUACAAAAAGAACAGGACACCUGUGUGGUUCUUUGUGAAAAUCGCUCCGAUUCGAAACGAACAGGAUAAAGUGGUUUUAUUUCUUUGCACCUUCUCUGACAUAACAGCUUUCAAACAGCCAAUUGAGGAUGAUUCAUGUAAAGGUUGGGGGAAAUUUGCCCGGCUGACAAGAGCACUGACAAGCAGCAGAGGGGUCCUACAACAGCUGGCUCCCAGUGUGCAGAAGGGUGAAAAUGUCCACAAGCAUUCUCGCCUGGCUGAGGUCUUGCAGCUGGGUUCGGACAUUCUUCCCCAGUACAAGCAAGAAGCACCAAAGACUCCUCCUCACAUCAUCUUACAUUAUUGUGUUUUCAAGACCACCUGGGAUUGGAUCAUCUUAAUCUUAACUUUCUACACUGCCAUUUUGGUCCCUUACAACGUCUCCUUUAAAACAAGACAGAACAAUGUGGCCUGGCUGGUUGUGGACAGUAUUGUGGAUGUCAUCUUCCUGGUGGAUAUUGUGCUUAAUUUUCAUACUACCUUUGUUGGACCAGCUGGGGAGGUGAUCUCUGACCCCAAACUCAUCCGCAUGAAUUAUCUGAAGACCUGGUUUGUGAUUGACCUGCUGUCCUGUUUGCCCUAUGAUGUCAUCAAUGCAUUCGAGAAUGUGGAUGAGGGAAUCAGCAGCCUGUUCAGCUCACUGAAAGUGGUUCGACUUCUACGCUUGGGACGAGUAGCCCGCAAGUUAGAUCACUACAUUGAGUAUGGAGCUGCUGUCCUAGUCCUGCUGGUGUGUGUUUUUGGAUUGGCAGCCCACUGGAUGGCCUGUAUCUGGUAUAGCAUUGGGGACUAUGAGAUCUUUGAUGAGGACACAAAAAUGAUCCGUAAUAAUAGCUGGCUCUACCAGCUGGCAAUGGAUGCUGGGACGCCUUACCAGUUCAACGUUUCUGGCCUGGGCAAGUGGGAAGGUGGUCCAAGUAAGAAUUCUGUCUACAUCUCCUCCUUAUAUUUCACCAUGACCAGCCUCACCAGCGUGGGGUUUGGGAACAUUGCCCCCUCCACUGACAUAGAGAAGAUCUUUGCAGUCGCCAUAAUGAUGAUUGGCUCCCUCCUGUAUGCCACCAUUUUUGGGAAUGUGACUACCAUUUUCCAGCAGAUGUAUGCUAAUACCAACAGGUACCAUGAGAUGCUCAAUAGUGUUCGGGACUUCCUGAAGCUCUACCAGGUGCCAAAGGGACUCAGUGAAAGAGUCAUGGACUAUAUUGUGUCCACUUGGUCUAUGUCCAGAGGAAUUGAUACUGAGAAGGUUCUCCAGAUAUGCCCCAAGGAUAUGCGGGCUGAUAUCUGUGUGCAUCUAAAUCGCAAAGUGUUCAAGGAGCAUCCAGCAUUCCGACUUGCCAGCGAUGGGUGCCUACGGGCACUGGCCAUGGAAUUCCAGACUGUUCAUUGUGCCCCUGGUGACCUCAUCUACCAUGCAGGAGAGAGUGUCGACAGCCUGUGCUUUGUGGUUUCAGGUUCUUUGGAAGUGAUUCAGGAUGAUGAAGUAGUAGCCAUAUUGGGAAAAGGGGAUGUGUUUGGAGAUGUAUUCUGGAAGGAAGCCACGCUUGCCCAAUCCUGUGCCAAUGUCAGGGCUUUGACCUACUGUGACCUGCAUGUGAUUAAGCGAGAUGCCCUGCAGAAAGUGCUAGAAUUCUACACAGCCUUCUCGCACUCCUUCUCAAGAAACCUCAUCCUUACAUACAAUCUGAGGAAAAGGAUUGUGUUUCGGAAGAUCAGCGAUGUGAAGAGGGAAGAGGAAGAGAGAAUGAAACGGAAGAAUGAGGCCCCCCUGAUCCUGCCUCCAGACCAUCCUGUCCGGAGGCUUUUCCAAAGAUUCCGGCAGCAGAAGGAGGCCAGACUGGCAGCAGAGAGGGGAGGCAGGGAUCUUGACGACCUGGAUGUGGAGAAGGGCAACAUUCUGUCGGAGCAUUCCUCUGCCAACCACACAGUGGUUAAGGCCAGUAUUGUCACUGUCCGGGAGAGCCCAGCCACCCCUGUCUCUUUCCAGUCAGCAUCUACCUCAGGGGUGUCAGACCAUGCCAAACUACAAGCUCCUGUGUCUGAGGGCCCGGGUUCUAAGGGGGGUGGGGGGGAUUGCCCCCGACGCAAAGGUUGGGCUCGUUUCAAAGACGCUUGUGGAAAAGGGGAGGACUGGAAUAAAGUCUCCAAGGCUGAGUCAAUGGAGACACUCCCUGAGAGGACAAAGACAUCUGGGGAGGCCACCCUAAAGAAGACAGACUCUUGCGACAGUGGCAUCACCAAAAGUGACUUGCGCUUGGACAAUGUCGGUGAGACCAGGAGUCCUCAGGACCGCAGUCCUAUCCUUGCAGAGGUCAAGCAUUCCUUCUACCCUAUCCCUGAGCAGACUCUUCAGGCCACCAUGCUGGAAGUGAAGCAUGAGCUGAAAGAGGACAUCAAAGCCUUGAACAACAAAAUGGCGAACAUUGAAAAACAGCUCUCUGAGAUACUAAGGAUAUUAACUUCCAGAAGAUCUUCUCAGUCCCCCCAGGAGCUGUUUGAAAUAUCAAGGCCCCAAACCCCAGAAUCAGAGAGAGACAUUUUUGGAGCAAGCUGAAAGGCCCAUUUAUUUAAACACGAAAAUAAAAAGAUAAACGUCACAACCCCUCUUCCAGAAACACAUGCAUACAGCUAACAUUUUCUUCUCAAAAUAAGAUUUUCUCAUUGAUAGAAAAUCAGUGAGGGACCAGUUGUUCCAGCAUGCCCCCCAUUCUCUGGACAAAGAGGAAUUUGUCACCACCCUGCAAGAUGGCAGUUGUGGAAAUGUCUUUGCACAAAUUUGGAAGAGGGGGUACACUGUUCAAAGGGAGGGUAUUUUCCUUUUCUCCUCAGUUUGGACAUUUUUUAAACUUCCAUAAUAUUUGUAAAAAAAGAAAUAUAGAGGGGAAAAAAAGAACCCUUUGGAAGAUCGAAGGGGGGUGGCUGGGAAUGUGUUCACCAUUGUGUGACCCUCACUUCCUUUGCCAAGUUCCCAUAGACUUUGCAGGGUGCGGGGAAUCACCAGCGCCUUCCUGCUGUGCUGCCUUCCUGUACCUUUGUACAGCCAGUGUCCAGUGUCAUAGUAUAUUUUCAUAUCAUAAGAAUCAUCUGUAAUAAGCAUGGGGGAAAGGAGGCAAAAGGUGGGAAGGCAGAGCUCCUUUUAUCUUUUCAUCUGUCAUAUUAAGACCAGAAGGCAGAUGCAGGUGUUUUGCUUCCCACCAAAAAUUAGAAUUGUGAAGCUCUGGAGAUUUGCCACAGGGUUUGAACCCCAGGGGACCACUUGGGGAUGUGCAGGCUCCAGCUCUCUCGUGGUCUGCACCCCGUGACUUGGAUUUUUGUGUGUUUCCUCACAAUUUCUGGGUCCCCAAGGCCACUGAACACCUGUAUAGAACCCUGAUCUUUCAUUCCAAAAGAGUUGAGUAGAACCAGUUGUUAGAGGUUGGGGGUUAAUUCCUCCUUACCUAGGGUCAUUAACAGGCCAUUUUUCUUUUUUCUGGAGAUCUCACAUGGACAUUGGGAACUUCUAAGAGAUUCCAGAAUCCUGAUGGACUCCUGUCUCCAGGUGCAGUUCUCUUUGAUUUACUGUACCGUUUGGACAAUUAUAUUUAUAUACAACCCAAAGGGAAAGGAAUGCUGAUAUAGUGUUCCUUGGGGGAAUAUUGGGGGUGAAAAAGGUAUCAGGAAUCCAGGUUUGACUUUUUCAAGGAUGAUAAUAUUUUAUGGCAUGUAUAUUAUGUUUUUGUUAUAAUUCUCAAUAGAGUUGGCCUUUGCUUUUACCUUUGUUCUUAGCCAGAAAUCCUUGUGGGACACUUCAAAGUCCUCCAAUUGUUAUCUCAUAAACAGAAAUCCUUAGACUGAUUUGUAAGAGCCAUUGAAUGAAUGGAAUGGGGUACCAUAUUAAAUAAUGAAUUCCCCAUCACUAGAGGGAUUCAAGCAGAGUUUGGAUUACCAACAGUUGAAGAUAAAAAUGGGGAUGCCUUCCUUGGGCUCCCCAAAUGGACUCGUUCAGCACUAGAGGCCACUGGGGAUGCAUUUUGUAAAAAACCCAAACCUCUGGUGUCUUAUAUUCUCAACACUAGAAACAGAGUCAGAAAGCAAAGAUUGCAAAACAAGAAAGAAAGAGAGACAGAGAGAGAGAGAGAGAGAGAGAGAGAGAGAGAGAGAGAGAGAGAGAGAGAGAGAGAGAGAGAGAGAGAGAAAGAAAGAAAGAAAGAAAGAAAGAAAGAAAGAAAGAAAGAAAGAAAGAAAGAAAGAAAGAAAGAAAGAAAGAAAGACUUUGUUUUCACUUUCUGGAGUAGCUGGAAAAGAUCAAAGGAAUCAAGAUUUGGAGAACAAUAGUGUCUGCUGAGACCUGGCUCAAGUCUAUGGUCCAAACAGGGCCCCACAUCCAGGCUCAUAAAUUAAUGAUCAAUGCAAGAAGGCCCUACCCCAGCCAACAAUUGUGAUCAUUAUCUUAUGACCUCUGCUUGGGGGCUUUCCAGUGCAACUGGAGUUACUUACCUAAAUAUUGGUUUACUCCAGCAAUAUUUGGGGUUAAAUAGUAAAGAAGGGAGUGCGAAGUAUUUUGCUUUUGGACCCACAGAUGAUUCUGGAAUAUACAAACCUCUGACGCAGGGUGAAGUUGGCUUGAACUAUGGCCUGCGCAAAGGUGGCAGGGAUCCAAAGAGAUUAGAUGUUAGAAGUUCAACACUGAGGAUUUAGCAUUAGGAAGGCCAGGAUUAGAAAUGCAGCUGUGUGUUGAGCAUCAUUGGCUUGCUGUCCAGAUCUAGCCUAUCAGUGACACUUGAGAAUUUCUGUUCCAAGUUUUAAUGAAAAGCAUCUUCUUGCAUGUACUCUGUAGAGAGGAUGUGACCACAGUGUUGCUACUCUCUGCUUAAGAUAGUUAUCAUUCUGGCAUCAGUCCUCUUUAGGACCUUGAGGUUGUGAUGAGCUGACGUGCUAAAGGCACACAGGGCUUCGUAAAGUUUUCUGUUGGGUCCCAUUCCCUCAUCUUUCCCUGGCAUCCAAAGGAAGCACAACUGGGCAAUUGGUGGGGGGUCUUUGGCCUUCCAAUUGCUCCCACAGUCCAGCACUGUCAGGAUCUCUGUCCCUCCGCCCAUCCCCUUAAGAAACUGGGCCUCAGCGUCCAAGGACAUAAUCCUUCCUAGGAUGAUGUCAACACACAAAGAGCUUUCGUCGGACGAUGAUGCAAUUAGUUGCCCUAAAGUUGACUCAGUGGUAUUAUUUAGGUCAUGGAAAGAAUCACAUAUGAUGAGGAAUAGCAUUUGAAUGGGUGCCAGAUGUUUUGUAAAUUAAUUAAAACUUUGGAGAAAGCUGUACCUUCCUCCUUCCCCUACUCCUAUCAACUUGACAAAUUUUGUUUGCCUGUGGUGCUUAAUCAAUCUAUAAAGAAACAUUUAUUAAGCAUCUACUAUGUGCCAGAAACUCAGCUCAGCACCAGGGAUAAAAAGGCAAAAAUUCAACAAUCCCUGCCCUGAAGGAGCCUAUAUUCUAACCCAGCAUUCAUUCCAGUGCACCAUGUCUUUGAGGAAAGUGAGCAGAGCACACCUAUAUAUAUAUAUAUAUAUAUAUAUAUAUAUAUAUAUAUAUAUAUAUAUAUAUACACAUCUCCCAGAGUUUGGACAUUUUGGUUUUGGUUUUUUCCUUAGAAAUAAUGAGGGAAAAUGCUGUAAAUCUUGUCUCUAAAACCUCAUGUCCCACCUUUUCUUAGGCAGGGCCAUGUUGCAUGAGGAAGGACAAUCCUAGGUCCACUUCUAGGAAGUGUCUGACUCUAGAGGUGACGCAUGCCAACUGCCAGCUCAGUAUUUCUACAGCUUCUUCCUAUCUAAUGCACCAUCUAAUACACACCAAGGAUCAGGCCAGAAGCAGUGUUAACUCAUCAGGUCUAGUAAUGUGCUAGCCAAUAGAGUUAUUCUUCCCCUUCUCCCUCUUAACUCUUCCUCCUGAAAAGCAGGGAUAAUGUGCCAGAUUUGGAUUUGAAGGACCUGAUUUCAAAUCCUGCCUCCACUACUUUCUAACUGGGGGGAUUGAGCAAAUCAAUGUAUCCCUCCAUGAAAGCUUAGUUUCUUCAUCUGUAAAAUGAGGGCAUUGAACUAGAUGGCUUCUAGGGUAAAGAGUUUUGACUUGGAGUCAAUGGUCAACUCUUGCCCAAAAGUCUGGAUUUCAAGGGGUCAACAAACAUGAAUAGGAAAAAAAAUAGAUCUUUAUUCUCUAACUGAAAUUUGGAUUUUAAUUUAAUUAUUUAAAAAUUUACUCUGAGGGAGGAUCUAAGUCUCUUAGCAGGUUGAGAGCCAGGCCCAAAGAAAGUGGUCCUAAGUUCAAAUUUGACCUCAGACACUUCCUAGCUGGGUAACCCUGAGCAAGUCAUUUAACCCCCAUUGCCUUAAAAAAAUUAAAAAGUAUUCUGAGGUGGAGUCCAUAGUUUUUACCCAUGGACCUCUAAAAGGACCCAUGACAUAGGAAAGAAUUAAGCAAUGGUUAUGUAAACUCUAAUUUAUCAUUUAAAGCUCUUUAAGCUCUAAAUUUAUGAUCAUAUGGUCUUACUUCAUGGCAUGGACGGAUUUGUUUGUAAACAUUUCCAGGUCAAUAUAGAAUUGACUUAUCUUGUCUCAGAUUCUACUUCUUGACCUUUGGGGAUGACCAUUAUUCUCACAGCGCUAGUAUGGUCCUAUUCUAGGAAUUCACAGGGAACUGUCAAAAAAAUGUAGAGGCCCCCAUAAUCGCCCUUUCUAAAAUGCGGCAUCCAGGCCUCUCCAAUAAGAAAGAUCUACAAAGUGUGGAAUUCAUGUUAUCAUAGAUUUAGAAUUGGCCAGCACUUCAGAGGUCAUCCAGUUGUCCAGUCCCAUCUUUUUACAUUAAAACCAGAGUCACUUCCACUGUACCAUGCUGCAAAAGCAAGGGAGGACCCCCACACUAUUGCUGAAAACUCUACUCCGUUGGCUGGGGGCUGUCUGAGGGAAGAUAAGAAGAAAAGUUGUCAUGUCUAGCCCAGAGAAGCCAGCUCCUGCACGGAGCUCUCAAUGUCUUAGAACCUGUAUAUUGAAGUUGUACUUUACAAGUGGGAACCAAGGAACAUCCUGAAGACUUUUAGGCAGGACGUCAUCCGUCUCAGGAUGAUGUGGUUUAUGGUCCCUGUUGUACUGUCUGUGAUUCCUUACUUCUAGGUACAAGCAUGUGUUUUCUGUCUUUCAUUUGUCUCCAUGGUGAUUUUAAGAGAAUCCCACUAUCUUUUUCCCUUGAAAAAAUAUUGAAAAAUGUAUACUUUUUAAGAUUUCUUUUUUAUGCAUGGGCUUGGUUCCAGCCACCCUUUUUGCUCCAGUCCACUCUGAGUGGACAAGUUCUGUCCAAGUGUUUCAAAUAAUAGUGACCAGUCUUAAAGAGCUCCACAGUUGGUGGCCGGCAUGAAUGUGUGAUCCCACUGGAAAUCAACUGUUGAAAGAUUAGAAAAACAAGACAAAAACAGGAAAAAAAAAAAGAUCUUUCUCACAGGCAAACAUCCAAGAGUUGAUAAACUCUGGCAGAUCGUUACCUUUUGGCUACAAUGAAACCCAGAUUUCUCUUUGAAUGCCAGAGUUAAUGGCAACAGAGUUAAACAACCAUGGAGAGGGAGGGGAGGGGAUCUUAUUGAAAUUUUUGUUCCUUCAACUCUUUGCUGUAUAUAUCAAACAUGUUUUAUCUUGUUUAAGUACUAGGCUUAGGUCUUAUUCCAUGGAUCUAAAAGAUCAGUCAAUUGUCAGAGACUGAAUUUGAACCCAGGUCCUUUAACCCCACAAUCAGUGAUCUGUUUCCUGUUCUCUGGAACAUCCAGAAAUGGCACUUCUUUCUCCUAUGGAGAGAGAUCCAUAGCAAAGAGUGUCCUGGGAAGUUUCCACAAUUCUGUUCUGGUAUGCUGUUUUGAGUGCCCCAGGACCUUCUGAAAGUGCUUAGAGUUUUUGGUUUUGAGGGGUUUGUGUCCAUUAAACUGAAAUUAGGGGUAGGCAACCAAUAAACAACUGUGAUCAAUACAAGCAUCUAUAAAACUUCUCAGUAUUGAGUUGGAAAUGUAUUCUCUUGUUUUGAUCUCUUUUAUGAAUCCCUAUUCUCAUUCCUCCCAUUUUUCAGUUUCUCAAUUUCUCUUUCACGUCUGAUGGGCAAACAUAAAGCAUUUUCCUGAUAUAAUUAUAUUCUCACAGACAUGUUGUUUGUUGGAGGUAGAGGAUGAAGAGAAAUAUUAAUAAAAGGAAGAUGAAAUUUCCAACUUUGGGUCAAAGGGGAAGGAGCUAAGCCAAAUUAUUGAACUCAACUCAGUUGUAGCCCAAGAGAAGAGAGACAUAGUUAAGUCCAUGUUCCAGCUCUCCCCUAUAAUGCCAGGAGCCCAGAUGGAAACCACUGGUAAGUAUAUUCAGCCUUUGGCAAUUAGGACAUUUAGCCUUAACACCCUCAAAUUAAAUUUGAACACCGAUGGAACUGCCAACUCCCUUUUCUGUGCCCGUGGUGGAGACCCUACUGAUGAUUUGUGGGAGAAGGAAAGAAAUCCCCUCCAGUAGGCAAAUCAUUCUAUUGUUCCACUUACUGCCUUCUCCUUCACUUCAAUAAAAAUGACCUUUAUUGGCCCCCACUCUCUCUCAGAUAAGGAGAUAGUCUUCUCAGAGCCAAUGAACACCAACAAAGAAUUGAGCCAUUCUUUUAUUAUAGAUGUCAAUGAUGAAAAAAGUUCUUUAUUUUUGCUUUUGUUUUUUCCAAAAAUAGCAAUAGGACUCCUAGAUCUGGAGCAGAAGUGAGGUCAUUGAAGGUCAUUGAAGUAAACACAUUUCAUUUUACAGGUGAGGAAAUUAAGGCACAAGGGAGCUAUAUGACUUACCCACAUAUGUACAAAUAGUGUCAGGGGCAGAAUUCAAACCUAGGUGGUAUAAGAAAUCUUAACUGGAGGGGAUUUUAGAGGCCAUCAAAUCCUAAUCCUUUAUUUUUACAUAGGAAGAAACUGAGAUCCAAGUAUAUUACAUAAUGUAAUUUGUUCAAAUCAUGAAGGUAGGAUUGUUGGUUGGCAGGGAGGAAUUUGAACGCAGGUCCUGGGAGUCCAAGGUUAAAUGUUUUUUUCUACCAUGGCCACAGUGCCUCAUUUGGGGGAAGAAGGUCAAGGUCAAAAGUUAGGGGUUAUGGCAGUCCUAAAUAAAACUACCCCAAUGGGCACCAUACACAAAGAAGAGACACAGGCCUAGUAGAAUCCAUAUAAGUUCCCUAGAACUAAUGUGACCUUUCCUAUGGUCUAAUUUGUUUCAAGUGGAACUGGUAUUGUGUGAGUCUCUUGGACAUUUUACUCCAGUUAUGUCUCUGGAAACGGACCUGCUGAGUUUCUACUUGUCUUACAAAACUUUUCUCUUAGAGUGGGUGGCUUUUUUCCUUUUCUCAAUCAGUGACCUCUGAGUCAUCAGAUGCAUCUAAUUAUCUAAUGAGGAGGUCAGGAAUCUUGUCUCUCAUGGAACUGCCUAGAUUAAGAAAGAUGCCAAUUCCUCAUGAAUGUAUUAUCUAAUUAUUGAGACCCUUGGUCAAUAUUUGUACAUCUGUCGAAAAAUGUCCAUGUUCGAUAUUUCGCUGAUGCUGCAUGGACCCUCUGAUGCGGGUGCAGCUCCUCCUCCUGGGGCUUCUCUGUAUAUCACACUUCUUUUCAUUCCUUCCUCCGCAAAGUUCCCAGGUCCCCUUCCUCCCCCUCUGCAUUUGUCACUUUGUUCAAAUGAGCAUGAAUAAAAAGUCGUGCAAACGAGCAGAUACUAUUUUUAUGGUCAGCCGAGGAUGCUGCCAAGAGCUCUCCUGUAUUGUAUUAUCUCCAGUCUGGGAAUUUUCAGAGGAUAAUGCAGGCACCUCCACGAAGAAUAUUCCCUUCUCAGACAUUUUUAAACAAGCACAAAUAAGAUUUGUAAAGAAGUUUAAUUUUAUUUAUUAUAGUAAUAAACUAUUUUAUACAUGA